UUCUCCCGAAAGGUGGUAAAUUUGUAGUUUUUGUUUGGAAAUUUGUAUUUUUUCGCGCAUUAUUGUGAUCUGUGCCGUAUAUUUAUAUUUUUAAUUUAUCAUUUUACGAUGUCUCCUGAAAUGAACGCAAACCCUCCCAGUGUAACGAGACGUAAGAAAAAUCGCGAAAAGAAAUCUUCUGGUGAUGCCUUUACCAAUUUUGAUAUAAACAUGUCGUCUUGCAACUAUUUUCCGUUAAGCGGUCACCCGUACCAGAACCCCGACUUGUCCCAUAACUAUUAUUCAUUUUUGAAUUGUUCCAAUCAAUCGGAGCCGAUGUCCUUGCCUAUAUAUCCCAUGAAUUGCCCCAGAUAUGCUUAUCCGGGGAAUGUAUUCGGUUCGUCGAGACAUUCGUCUCUUUUCAAUAACAAUUUCAAUGUACAUUCCGAUAUUGUCGACUACAUGAGUCUACCGGUUGCCAAUAUGGACCAAAACGAAGAAGCAACCAAGCGGCGUUUCUCAGAUCCCGGUUUGCCCAAUGAAAGCGAUUCGAGCUCGAAUUCUUUCGACGAAAGAUUCGCUCGCAAACUGACCACGCAGCUCAACUCCUUGAUAGAGAACAAUCGGAAAUUAUCCAGGGAAGUAAUGGAACUGAGAAUUGAACUAAAUACACUCAAGCAGCACCAGAAUGUUAGGCAUUACGAUAGGGAGUACGAGCCAGGUAUGCUCGUCGACAUAAUAAGGGAAGUUCGGGAAGCCGCGCGUGUACGCGAAGAUGCCCUCAUUGCCAAAGUUAAACAUAUUAUCGAGGACAAGUAUUUGAGCGUGAAUCAUUUGAAUUUAGUGACCGAAAAAAAUCGCAAUAACGACAGGAUCACCAAAAUCGAGGAACAACUCAAGAAUCUGAACGCGAGCGGUAUGCGGGCAGAGGAGGCAGCCAACGCGUCUUCUAGCGUGGACGAAAAAAUAAAAGCGGCCCAACAGGUGUUGGAGCUGGAAAGGGAGGCGCUCGAGUUGAGGCGGGAACUGCAAGACACCAGGGCGAAAAAGGAGGAGGCAGAUCUAAAAAUUUUAGAGUUGUCGGGCAUGCUGCGUCGAAGCGAAUUGAGCCCGUCGGAUGCAUCCGAAGAUGGAAAAGCGUCCGUGGACAGCAUUUCCGCGGCUUCUUCCGUAACUACGGCCCCCCGGGUGAUUUUAUCCGGACCCGUGACAGAUUUGUAGUGCAAACCAUCGAUCCGAUCGUUUAUUAUCAAUAAGAUGCCUUUAAAAUCGUGUCUUAGUUCCACAAUCGAAAUAAUAUCGAUUGUUUAACGCAUUGACUUCGUCCGAAGUUAAUAAAUUUUUUUUUAUUUAAAAGAAGAAGAAAUAUCGCCUGUCCAGAUUUGAAAAAAAAAAAUAAAAUGACAUAAAGUAUAGUAAAAAUGUGACAAUCUACCGUUGCUAUAGAGAGCGUUUUACUUUAGUGUAAUUUUCGUUGGUUACUAUCAGAGUCUCCAAGAAGGAAACACAAAAAAUUAUUAGUUUUCAAACAUUCCAGACCAUGUAAGUAGAAUACGAAUACGUUUUUCAUUUAUACUUUUUAUAGUAUGAAUUCUUAUUUUUCUCCUUUUCUUCUUCUUCUACUUCUUCUUUAUUCUAGUUCUGAUGAGGAUUCCAACAUUCUCCCCACCUCCUUCUGAUUGCUAUAUUGUGAAAAUUAACUUGUAUAUGUUUGAGAAUUUGUGUAAAAAUAAAUUUAUCUGGUCCCAAGUUUUAACGUUAAAGCGUCGACUUUUUGAAAACCUUAAAAACGCAAGGUUAGUGAUUUUUUUAUUAUACUUUAUGUAAUUUUGUUCAAUAAGUAUUUUUUUUUUCUUCUCAUGGAACUUUUUUUUUUAAUUUUGAGAACCAAUAUUUA